AAAAAACUAACAAAAAAAAAAGACUUAGGUUUAACCAAGUCCAUUGGGGUGUCCAAUUUCAACCGCAAACAGCUGGAAUUGAUUCUGAACAAACCAGGACUAAAAUACAAGCCCACUUGCAAUCAGGUAGAAUGUCACCCGUAUCUCAACCAGAGCAAACUCCUGGAGUUCUGCAAGUCCAGAGAUAUUGUUCUAGUUGCCUACAGUGCCCUGGGAUCCAGCAGAGACCCAACCUGGGUAAGCAGUGAUAGCCCAUACCUCCUGGAGGAACCCAUCUUAAAGACCAUUGCCAAGAAACACAACCGAACUCCAGGACAGGUUGCCCUGCGCUACCAGCUACAGAGGGGUGUGGUGGUUUUGGCCAAGAGCUUCAAUGAGAAGAGAAUCAAAGAGAACUUCGAGGUGUUUGAUUUUGAAUUGACCACAGAGGACAUGAAAGUUAUUGAUGGCCUCAACAGAAAUUUUCGAUAUGAUAGUAUGCCAUUUGCGGUGGAUCACCCUUACUAUCCAUUUUUAGAAGAAUAUUGAGCAUGAACUGUUAAACAUCACAGAGACUCUCUUCCCUCCAGACAAUGUGUAUCUGUAUUUGAUAGAGUGGUUGAGAAGCAGGAUUCCUGCCUCCAUGUGCUUGUCAAAUGUUACAAAAAUCUCAAGUGAUUUUCCUGAUGAUUAUAAAAUAGCACACAAGUUACAGAGAAUUUAUAAAAUAAAAAGAAAUAUUUGA